CAGGGUUUCGUCUGAAAAACGAUGGCAGGACUUGCAUUGACCUGGACGAAUGUUCUGAGAACUUCCCCUGCAGUCACCAGUGCAUCAACACCUAUGGGUCUUUUCACUGCCUGUGUGCUGAUGGGUACCAGCGUCCCGCCAGUAACCCCCACAGCUGCAGGUCUCUCUCAGCAGAGGAGCCUUUUCUUAUUCUAGCUGACCAUCAUGAAAUCCGAAAGAUCAGUCUGGAUGGAUCAAACUACACACUUCUGAAACAGGGACUCAGUAAUGUCAUCUCUCUAGACUUUGACUACAGGAAGGAGUUGAUCUAUUGGAUUGACACUAGCAGGCCCAGCGGACGCAGAAUCAACCGAAUGCGCCUGAAUGGAAGUGACCUUAAGGUGGUUCACAGAACCUCGGUCCCCAGUGCUCUCGCUGUGGACUGGAUCGGCAAGAACUUGUACUGGUGUGAUGGUGAGAGAAAGACCCUGGAGGUGGCUAAAGCUAAUGGACUCUACCCGACCAUACUUCUAAGGACUGGAUUGAGGAAUCCAACCACUCUUGCUCUCGACACUCACAUGGGAUAUGUGUUCUGGGUAGACUGCUGCGAGCAGUCCCAAAUUGGAAGGAUGGGAAUGGACGGCACCAAGCCACGUGUUGUAAUCGAUACAGAAAUACAUGCUCCCUCAGCUUUGGCCAUUGAUCACAUCAACAAAAGGAUCUACUGGGCUGACGAGAACCACAUCUUGUUUUCGAACAUGGAUGGUACAAAAAGACACAAAGUCCCAAUCAAGGACAUAGGCGGCAUAACCGGUCUCACAAUCUUUGAGGACUUCAUCUACUGGAGCGACCAGAAGUCGAAAACCCUCAGUCGCUCACACAAGACUUCUGGCGGCCAACAUACAGAACUCCUCAGCUCCUGGCAAACCAUUCGAGACAUUAAAGUCUACCAUCCACUCCGACAGCCUGAUGUGCCAAAGCAUCAGUGUCAGGUAACUAAUGGAGGGUGCAGUCACCUAUGCCUUCUUUCCCCUGGUGGGGGAUACAAGUGUGCUUGCCCCACACACUUCUACCUGGCAAACGACAACAAAACCUGUCUGUCUAACUGCACCGCCAGCCAGUUCCGCUGUGGUACGGAUGAGUGUAUUCCCUUCUGGUGGAAGUGCGACACCGUGGAUGACUGCGGAGACGGAUCCGAUGAGCCGUCAGAUUGCCCUGAGUUUAAAUGCCAGCCCGGAAGGUUCCAGUGCGGAACUGGUUUGUGUGCCCUCCCUCCCUUCAUCUGUGAUGGUGAGAACGACUGCGGAGACAACUCUGAUGAAGCCAACUGUGACUCAUAUAUCUGCUUGUCGGGCCAGUUUAAGUGCACUCACCGGCAGAAGUGCAUCCCUAUAAACCUGCGCUGUAACGGACAAGACGACUGCGGAGACGGUGAAGAUGAAACCGAUUGCCCUGAGAACACUUGCUCGCCGUCCCAGUUUCAAUGCAAGACCACAAUGCACUGCAUCUCCAAGCUGUGGGUGUGUGACGAGGACCCCGACUGUGCUGACGGCUCGGACGAGGCCAACUGCGCUGGUCUAAACUCCUAA